CUUCUCUCCACUCUAGCGGCGGUAAGCUUCGUUCUCCGAUCUCCAACCUCCAACCUCCGUCCCGCGAUCCUAUGCUUCUUCAUUUCCUACGUCUGUUUCUAUUCAGAUUAAGGCCACCUUUGAAUUUGUGUUCUGAUCGAUUUGCUGAAACAGGGUAACCGGAGGAGGAACUAAAAUGGCGACAGUUCCAGGGCAAUUGAUCUGGGAGAUCGUGAAGAGGAACAACUGUUUCCUCGUGAAGGAGUUCGGCCGUGGCAACGCCGGCGUUAGGUUCAGCAAGGAAAGCAACAAUCUCUACAACCUCAACUCCUACAAGUAUUCCGGCUUGGCAAACAAGAAGACUGUUUCCAUUCAGCCAGAAGGCAAGGAUUUGGCUGUUGUGCUGACGACCACAAAGACCAAGAGGCAGAACAAGCCUGCCAAUUUGAAGCACAAGUCGGUCAUGAGGAAGGAGUUCAGCUCCAUGGCUAAGGCUGUUACCAAUCAGGUUGCAGAUAACUUCUACCGGCCGGAUCUGAAGAAGGCAGCUCUCUCUAGGCUCAGUACCAUCCACAGGAGCCUUAGGGUUUCAAAGUCCGGUGUCAAGAAGAGAACCAGGCAGGCAGCUAAGAUCGCUGCCCGGAAGUGAAACUCAAUGCUUUAGAGAGUUCUUUUCGUUUUAGUAUUAUCAAGAGUUUCCAGAUUGGACAGAUACUAGUUCGCACAAUUUGGUUUUUCAGGACCUCUUCGCCCACCUUGUUUGUCGACCCUUGUACUGAAUAUGGUCGAAGAAAAAAAAACUUGGAUUUGUGAGACAUGUUAUGGCUUUAAAUAUGCUCUGGUUUCUUGUUUCUAGUGCUUGAAUGGGUAUGAGAUUGCAGUCUUUUGAUCCAUCACGGUCGAGAUGUUACCAAUUCCGCAAGCUUGGUAGUGCUUGAAUGGGUAUAUUCCAAUAUUAUGGCCCAUAUAGUAGAUGU